AUGACCGGUAAAAAUUCUAGCAGUACUUCUUCUGCGAAGAAGAUCAGAAAGGCAAUGGCGAAGCCGUUCCGGAACAUCCUGGGUAAGUCGAGCAAGUCAAAGUCAAAGUCAAAGGAUAAAGAAGACGAUAUACCAGUCAGCCCAGCCGGGUCCCCUGGUGAACAGGGGCCUUCCGGGGAGCGAGGGGAGACCGAAGAGCGAGAACCUGCUGAAGAGCAAAGCCCAGAGGGUGAAAGAGGUCCGACUGGUCAGCGAGGUGCCCGGGGCGCUGAACGAGAACAUCGAGGAACUCAGGCCCACCCAAGUAUUUUAGGGAAACGAGCACGUCAGGAACCGGAAGAACAAAGAGAAGGCAAGGAGCCAGGGCCUUCUGGGACGAGCGAAAAAGGUACGGAUGAGCAAGGUACGGACGAACAAGGUACGGACGAUGAGGGUACAGACCAACCAGGCGAAGGGGAACGCCGCCAGCCUCAGCUGGGCAAUGCUGACCUUGACCCAACUACAUCUGAAGGGGCCCAAAGAGACGCCUCUCUGCAUUCCCAAUCAUCAUCAGGCGCCUCGUCCUACAUUACAGCCGUCGAAUAUAACCGCCCUGCAUGGAGAGGCCGUGACAGACCAAUGGACGCCGAAUGGCUGCGCAUGCGAGGCCGACAAGUGCAGUCCUGGAUCGACAACCCCGAUCAACCCAAUUGCCCCGUCCAACGGUGCGAAAUGGACCUCCAGCACCUCAGAACCAUUGCACCGGGGGUCAGGGUCCGUACAAAUCCACACCUAUACCCGCUAGUGGAGGACGAGCUGCUCUUCCCCCGGGGCGAACGGCGCCCCCGGGAGAGGGAGUACUCAGGCUGGCUGUACUUCUUCGGGCAAGAAACAUACCGGGCCUUGGGCGAGCACCCGUCGCGGAAUUACUUCGAGGGGAUCACCGCGCCGGGCACGCUUAUCAUCCAGACCGUCGCGCGGAGUACGCGCUACUUCCCGUACAUUUCUGAUGUUGCGCUGACGCUAUACAAGCACGACCAGAAGCGGAUGGAGUCGCUGCGGUAUAUUUUUGUGCUGGACGUGGUGAAUGAGCAGACAAGUUACCUACUCACGCGGCAGAUGGAAUGGGCGGAGGGGGAUGUUUUUGAGCAUGGGUCGCGUGUUUAUCAGCAGAUUAUGGGGACGCGGGUGGGGAGGAUGGUGGGAUAUCUGAUGCUCGGCGCCUUUGAGCGUGGCACCUACCGGAUUUCCCGGAUCAGUACUUAUUCGCUGCAGAACUUGAGAUUCGACAUUGAGAAGAUAGAGGACCGUGAACUUGGUGAGCCGUCUAGUAAAAGAGCGAAGACGUCAGAAUGA